AUUAUUUUUAUUAUUAUUAUUAUUACAUUGACCUAUGGGACUAUUCUAUCAUGAGUAGUAGGACUUUAGAUUGAUAUUGUUUGGUUGUGACGAAGUGUGAUGACUUUUGUUGUUGGCUGAGAUUGAGAUGGCUUGAAAUGAGGAUUUUUACUCCUGGGAAAAUGAGUAGAUCUAGGUCUACUUAAAGAGAGGAACAAUGUUACUCGAUCCUCUUCUACUCUCUUAACGACUUAAUGUAACGCAUAUAUACCUCCGCCCCCACCCCCUUUCUGCCUCUUAGAAAAAUGGAUAACAGAAGAAAGCUGUAUUCUCAAAAUGACAUGGAGGCUGCUGUGAAUGCCUGCAAGUCAGGUGCCAUGUCCCAAAGGGUGGCUGCCUCUACAUUUAAUGUGCCGAGAGCUACUCUGGGAGACAAACUGAAAGGAUUAUACCCCGUGACACCCCGAAGCCGCACUGUCCUGAUGCAAGAGGAGGAGGCUAGAGUGGUGGAGUGGCUGGAGGAAAGUGCUGCGCGUGGUUGUGGCCAAGGCAGGGAAGAGGUGUGUCUUGCCAUCCAGCGAAUUUUGAAUGCGGAGGGGCGAGACACACCCUUCAAAGACAAUAAACCGGGUUCCAAGUGGUUCUAUUCUUUUUUAACUCGGCACCCAAACCUCAAACAGAGGAAGACUUCAAUUGUCGGAGAACAGCGAGCCAAGGUGAGCGAGGAGAAGAUCAGGACUUGGUUCCGUGAAGUCGAGCUCAACUUGGAUCAGGAAGGUAUAAACAUCCACACAGUGCCGCCACAAAACAUUUUCAAUGUUGAUGAGAGUGGCUUUCCCUUUUUGCAGCGGGGCAGUGUGAUGGUGACUGAUGUGAACGAGAAACAUCCUUGCUCCAUGGGAUCUGAUACAAAGCAGCAAAUCACUGUGCUCUGUGCCGGGUCUGCUGGAGGAAGUAUUCUCUCGCCAUACAUUAUCUUCCCAGGUUCCAGAUGGACUUACUAUCCCUGGGAUGAUUUUAAGAAUGCACACUAUGACCUCACCUCCAACGGUCGGGUCAAUUCUGAGGUUUUCCUCACUUGGCUCAGAAACGCAUUUGAGCCAGCCACCAGAGACCUGUCAAGACCUGUGGUGCUGUUUGCAGAUGGCCAUCAGAGUCUCAUCGAUAUGGAUGUGCACUUCUUCUGCAAACAGCACCAGAUCACAUACUACGUGCUGCCAGCACAUGCCUCUCACAUUGUCCAGCCGCUUGACCUAAUUUUCUAUGAUGUGCUCAAGCAGCAAUGGAGGGACAGCGUGAACGACUACAAGAGGAUUUCAAACGUAUGCGCGGUCACAAAAAAAUCCUUUGCUGGUGUGUUUAAGGAGGCGUGGAUAAGAUCCCAUACACCUGAAAAAAUGGCCAAGGCAUUUGAGGCAGCUGGUCUCUCACCGUGGAACCCUGGGAGGCCCGACUAUUCUAAGUGCAGGGCUAGUCGGGUGAACGGAACGUUUCCAGCUGCCUCUAGUGCGUCACCAGAACCCCUGUCUGCGACCGUGGGCCCCUCCGUCGAGCUAUCUCCAUCUGUGUGCCCUAUUGAUGACAUGUCUCCGUCUGUGUGCCCCUCCGUCGAGCAGUCCCUGUCUGUGUGCCCCUCCGUCGAGCAGUCUCCGUCAGUGUGCCUCUCCGUCGAGCAGUCUCCGUCUGUGUGCCCCUCCGUCGAGCAGUCUCCGUCUGUGUGCCUCUCCGUCGAGCAGUCUCCGUCUGUGUGCCCCUCCGUCGUGCAGUCUCCGUCUGUGUGCCCCACCGAUGACUUGUCUUCGCCUGUGAGCCCCUCCAGUGACCUGCCCUCUACUGCUGUUGACCUCUCAAAUCCAGUUGUCCCACGCACCAAGAACAUUGCCAUGGCGGUAGACCAGCUUGUGGAUUUCAUUAUUACCUCUGGUUGGUCUGCCUCUGAUAUGUACAGUAUCCGGAGAAGGCAGUGGAGAAACAUUCCGCCAGGGCCAGAUGAAGAAAUGUAUCAGAAAUACCUGGACCUGUACAAUUACAUUGUUCCCCCUUCCGCUUUUGACAAUCUCCCCUUACCCCAAAAGUGUUCUGCAAAAUCUGCGCACAGAGUGCAGACUCCCAAGUAUGUAUCCGGGGAAAAGUUUCGGGAGUUCCAAGAAAGAAAGGAAAAAGAGGAACGGGAUAAGAAAGCUGCAAUAGAGACAAGGAAGAGACGGAGGGCAAGAAAAAAGGCAGAGAAAGAGAAAAAGAGGCUAGAAAGGGAAACAGCGAACAAAGUGAAUAUGACAGAGAGACAGGCCGAGAAAGAGGCAGUGAAAGAGAAAAAGAGGAUGGAAAAAAAAAAGAGGAAGACUGAUGUGAUAAAUGAAAAGGAAGCUGAGAGUGAUGAAUGUGAUUCAGAUGGUAUUGAGUGCAUGGAUAGUUCUGGGGAUGAGUGUGCAGAAGUCCUUGAGCGUAUGUUGUCUGGGGUAGGGUAUGAUGAGAGUACAUACCACCAUGUUUUGAACUGUCCUCCAAGAAAGUUGCAGUUAAAAAUAGCAAAAGUUAUAAAAAGUUGCAAGAAAAAUAGCAAAAGUUCCAAAAGAAGUUGCAAGUCAUUUUUAUAGCUAAAAAAAAAAUUCCAUGGAAUUAUUGGAAUUCAUUGUUGGUAUGCUCAUU